CAGCUUGGGACGUGUUCAUUCUGUCACCAGAGAUCGACGAGAAGCGACGUGGAGAUUCACGGAGCAUGUUAAAAAGAAAAUGACAAGCGACACACUCGGAAGUAAAUGGAGUACAUGCAAGCACCAGCAAGCAGCCAGGGUAACAUCCUGUGCUGUGAAUGUGGAACCCCCAUUGCCCCAAACCCAGCCAAUAUGUGUGUUGCCUGCUUAAGAACUCAUGUGGACAUCACAGAAGGAAUCCCCAAACAAGUCUCUGUUCAUUUUUGCAAACAAUGUGAAAGGUACCUUCAGCCUCCAGCCACCUGGAUGCAAUGUGCAUUGGAAUCCAGGGAACUGCUUACCUUAUGUCUGAAAAAACUGAAGGCAUCAAUGACUAAGGUUAGAUUGAUUGAUGCAGGGUUUGUAUGGACUGAGCCACACUCCAAAAGAGUUAAAGUUAAGCUGACAAUACAAAAAGAGGUUAUGAAUGGGGCCAUUCUUCAGCAGGUGUUUGUGGUUGAGUUUGUAAUUCAGUCACAAAUGUGUGAUGACUGCCACCGCAUUGAAGCAAAGGAUUUCUGGAAAGCAGUGGUGCAGGUCAGACAGAAGACCUCUCACAAGAAGACUUUCUAUUACCUAGAGCAGAUGAUUCUGAAGCACAGAUUACAUCAGAAUACUCUUCGUAUUAAAGAAACCCAUGAUGGAAUCGAUUUCUACUAUGCUUUGAAGCAACAUGGACAGAAGAUGAUGGACUUCCUGCAGUGCACAGUUCCAUGCAGGUCUAAAACGUCGCAGCGGCUGAUCUCCCAUGACAUCCACACUAGCACGUUCAAUUAUAAAAGCACCUUCUCUGUGGAGAUUGUACCCAUCUGCAAGGACAAUGUAGUGUGCCUGCCCCCACGACUAGCCCAGAGCCUUGGGAAUAUGAGUCAGAUCUGUGUGUGCAUCAGAGUGACAAGCGCCAUUCAUCUUAUUGACCCCCGUACCUUGCAGAUUGCUGAGGUUGACGGAAACACUUACUAGCGCUCCCCGUUUCACAGCCUCUGUUCACCCUGACAUCUGGAGGAGUUUAUUGUGAUGGAUAUAGAAACUGUCGGAGAUCAUAAGCAAGGAGCUGGAGCUGGCAUGAGAUCCAACAAACAUGUCCUUGCAGAAGUAUGGGUACAGAAAACCUCGGAGAUGAACACAAGCCAGCAGUAUCAUUGUCAUACACAUCUGGGACACCUCCUCAAUCACGGGGACUUGGUUUUGGGGUUCGAUCUUGCCAAUUCCAACGUUAAUGAUGAGUUUGUAAAUAAAAUGAACCCUCAUCAUAUUCCUGAUGUGGUGUUGAUUAAGAAGAGUUUUGACCGCAGCAAGAGGCAGCGUCGGAGGAACUUGAGACUCAAAGAAAUGGAAAGAGAGCGGGAAGGCAUGGACACAGAUGACGAGAGACAGUACCAGGACUUCCUUGAGGACCUUGAAGAAGAUGAAGCUCUCCGAAAAAAUGUUAACAUUUUUAGAGAUGCUUCAAAAAUCCCAGUGGAAAGUGACACUGAUGAUGACGGGGCUCCUCGGGUCUCCUUGGUGGAAAUGUUGGAGGACUUGAAUAUUUCUGAAGAUGCCACUGGUGGAGAGGGGGCAGAUAUGAUAACUGCAUGAACCGGCUUUC